CUUCACGGUUGGACACUAGUAAUAAACCAUAUACUGACUUAAGUCCUGGUGAUUCAUUAUUGCCUCCGCCACUUCAACUUCAUCCUCUUUAUCUUUCUCUCUCCUUUUCUCUCUCUCUCUAUCCGUCUAUCGCAACCACCCCGGAUUCGAUUCUCCCAUCUCUUUUAUUCCUCCCCUAUUCUCUCUCUCUCUCUCUCUCUCUCUCUUCAUCCUCCAUUUUACAUCCUAAAUUUACGUUAGAGUAUCCUCAUCUAAAACCGACCGAUCGCCCCGCCAUGGAAGGGAAUUUGCCCCUCCAGGCGUGCCAUCCCGCAUCUGAUGCUGUUUCCCAAGAUGGCCUCGUCAUUCCUAUCAUCGACUUUGCUCCCUUCCUCAAUGGCACCCCCGCUGAUAAGCAUGCCGUCGCCAUGUCUAUUAUUAACGCCUUUAAAACCUCCGGGUUCUUUUAUUUGAAAGAGCACGGUAUCCCUCCCUCUGUACUUAGCCAAGUUUUUAAAUCCUCGGCGCGUUUCUUCGCCAGGCCGCAAGAAGAGAAAGAUUCCCUGGGCUGGACGACCCCGCAGGCGAACCGUGGGUACGUGAAGAGGGGCCGCGAGAAACUCAACACUGUAGAUGAAGUCGCCGACAGGGAAACCCAACGAGCCAUCCCGGACAUCAAGGAGACCAUGGAGAUUGGCCGGGAGGGGGUCGACGGCCUCCCCAACCGCUGGCCCGACCACCUCGAUGAUGAGGGGAAGGACUUCAAGGAGCGGAUGCUAUCCUUCUUUGAUAAGUGCAAGUCGCUACAUGUCCAGGUGAUGCAGGCAAUUGCUUUAGGUAUGAGCUUGCCCGUGCAUUUUUUCGAUGAGUAUGUGGACCGGGGAGACAACAAUCUCCGUCUUCUGCACUAUCCAGCUGUUCAUAAGGAUGUGUUUAAGAUGAACCCCGGCCAGGUCCGUGCGGCUGAGCAUAGUGAUUAUGGUUCUAUUACUUUGCUCUUCCAGGACAGUCGCGGGGGGCUCCAAGCUCGCAGUCCGCAGGGUACUUUUGUUGAUGUGAUCCCGUUCCCGGAUACAGCGGUGGUUAAUGCAGGCGAUCUCCUGGCUCGGUGGUCGAAUGACAUUAUCAAGAGUACGCGACAUCGAGUUAUUGAGCCGCCAAAGGUACAUGGAGAGGAUGAUACCUCUGACACCUAUGCAGAGCGCUACAGUAUUGCGUACUUUUGCAAUCCUAACAUGGACAAGUUUAUCGAAGCCAUUCCUGGCACAUACGGGGAAGACAUCAGCACAGCCAAGUACCCCGGCAUCACUGCCGGAGAUUAUUUGGUGAAGCGACUUGCUUCAACCUAUUAGAUGCGUGUUCAUGCCUUUUUUCUCUCUCUCUGAUCUGACUAUACCAAUGGUGUCUAGUGACAUUUCCGUUUUUACCAAGCGUUCCUGCAGCGUUUGUUGUACGUUUUAACCAAGUCUUGACACCCGCAAAUACCACAGUCUCAAUAAUUGAACUCUGCAUAAUAUGAUAGUAUCUAUCUAUAGGGUUAACCCCUCCUCUACCCCUCUCAAGAGACUCCUUAAAUGCACAGAUGAAUCUAAUAAGCAGACGGCGCUACACCCAGUCUUCCCCCAUCAAGAACCGUAAUAUUCCCAUUGAGAUACCCUCCAGACGCCCCCGCCAUCCAAAGCAGCAACCCCGCAAUAUCUU